AUGAAAAAGGGUGAAAAGGCAGGAGAAAUCAUGGCUGGCAGAAAGAGAGAAAUCUCUUAAGUUGCUGACGAUUAGAACUGGAGAUCAUAUGUCUCAAAUGAACUCAAAUGCGCUGAGAUUUGGAACCAAGAUUGGGGUUUCUUGGCUUCACAGCAAGACGGUUACCAGCAGACUCUGACAAAAGAAGAACAAAUUAGAAAAUUAGAAGAAGAACUUUCAUCUUUGAAAGUUAAAACCUUCUCCAAGACCAAUGACUCAUACGGCAAGGGAAAUAAUCUUGAGGCUUACCCAAUGAAGCAUUUGAAUAAAAAGACUGAUUAAGAUUUAAUGCCUUGCCCAAGACGCCCACCUAAGAAGAAGGAUUGA